AUGAAUUUUAUACCACAAAAGGGUGUCCACAAGGAGACGUCCCCACUAUUAUGGACCCUAGCGGUCAUUAACCUCUCCUUGAUCACGUUAUGCAUUCGACGUUGUGCAUUAUACUACCUUAUACGUGUUAAAAUGGUACAUAGAAUCAUUGUAUUAUUAGUUUUAGUUGCCAUCACGUGGCAGAUUAAUUUUGAUAAAACUAUCAUAGCCGUGCAUUUUCCACACUAUAAAAUUCUGCUGUCCUUGGGAGAUUGCAAGAAUCGAGUACUUUAUUCUGAACAACAAAUCUGGCCCACUGUCAAAUUGAACAGAGUUUUGGACAUAUACUACAAAAGUAACGACAGUUCUCUGGUUUCCAGAGUAGAAAUACAUUUAAUAGUCAACAAUACUGAAUUUAUAGCUUUAGCCUACAAUGAUGUAGGAUCAAGAGAAUUUAGUGCUAAUAUUUUAUUGCCAAUACAUAGCUGUGCAACGUUCUAUAAUCUUAACAUUUUUACGUGCACUCCGUCAAAACAAAAACAUAAAGACGUUAGUAACGAAGAGCUGGAUACACUGGAAGAUAUAGAAAGCUUAUCAAAAAUGCCGUUCUACGUCAAGAAAAAACCUGAGGCACUGCCGCGAAAAACUAAAAUAUAAAUUUCGUUAUCUGCCUCUCUAUCGCUCUUGAAUAUUCGGGCGAUAGAGGAGACCGACAACGAAAUUUCGCUUUUCAUGGUAGGUUUGCCCUUUGCAUCAACGUAAAAUUGAAUUACUAAUUUCACGGUUUUCAGUUUAACUCGAGCACCGAGGGUUCCCGACCAACUUUCAGUUAUCAGAGCAAGAUUCCAGAGCCGCCAGACCUUACUUAUUUUCUCAUGAAUAAAAUGUAUAGGAUAAUAUAGUGUUAGUAUGUUAUUUUAGUGUCUGCAUACUUGCUACAUUGGCCUGACGGCCAUUUAGCCGGUACAAGGUGCUAAAGGUUGGUAAAAAUAAAUAAUACUAACUUUUCUUAAUAUUGUCAUGGCAGAUUUUUAUGUUUGUUUGUUUUGGUGUCUGAUGCAUACUAUUCUGUCGAUGCCUUUUUCGAGACCUAACACUGUAUCUAGUGAGUAAAACUAUGUACAUAUGUGUAUAUAUAUAUAUAUACAUACAAAACAACUGGUUCGUUAACUCAGCCUUGCCUCUCAACUAUGAGAAAUAUUAAAUAAUAAGACUUAGCUAUAAGCACAAUGGUACCUGACAUGUAAAAUUUUAUUUUAUCAAUAAAGUAUUGAAUUGAAUUGAAUUGAAUUGUUUAAAAAAAAUAUUGUUAAUAAUUGAUAAUAAACAUUGCCAGACAUUUUCCGCCUUCGGUCGGGAACGUUUACCAGCCGCUUUAA